AACGGGAACGCCGGCGCGGUCGGGACCGCGAUGUGUUCAGGAAGAGGCCCCCGCACGUCGCUCCGCCAGUGCCGGCCCGGCGUGUCUCUGCGCUGCCCUGCCCUGCCCUGAGCCUUGCGUUUCCCCGUGUAUUGCCGGCGCUACCCGCUGCAGACCAGCCAGGAUGGCAUUGCUGAGGGGAUACUGCGAGGCCAACAGCUCCAUGGCACAGGCCUGGGUGCAGCAGGGCUUCCAGCCCUGUUUCUUCUUCACGCUGGUGCCAGCCGUGCUGCUGAGUGUCUGCCUGCUGCUGGGUGCCCUGCAGUAUGCCUGCUACGUCCGUUUUGGCCGUGCCAUGGAGCCCAAAUACAUCCCUCGCUCGCAUCUUUACCACACCCAGGUCCUGCUGUCACUGCUGCUGGCCCUGCUGCCCCUCGGUGGGCUUCUCUGGCAGCUGGCCGGCCCAGGGAGGCUCUAUGGGUACAUGGUGCUGUAUACCUGCCUCUGGGCUGCUGCCUGGGGCUGCGCCAUUGCCCUCCUGCAGCUGGAGCACACACGGGUGCUGGCACAUGACCGCACACGGGGCCAUGGCACUGUCCUCCUCCUCUUCUGGGCGCUGGCCUUUGCUGCUGAGAACCUGACGCUGGUGUGCUGGAGGAGCCCAUUGUGGUGGUGGGCGCUGCAGGACACCGACCAGAAGGUGCAGUUCAGCCUCUGGCUGCUGCGCUAUGUCUGCACCUUCACACUCUUCAUCCUGGGCAUGAAGGCGCCUGGGCUGCCCCACAAACCCUACAUGCUGCUGGUCAACGAGGAGGAGCGGGAUGUGGAGAACAGCCAGCCACUGCUGCAGGAUGCAGGCAGGACCAGCUCUACCUGGAAGGAUUUCCGGAGGAAGUUGCGCCUGCUGGUGCCGUACAUGUGGCCGAAGGGCAACCGCCUGCUGCAGGGGCUGGUGCUGUUCUGCAUGGCGCUCAUGGGGCUGGAGCGAGCUAUCAACGUCUUUGUCCCCAUCUACUACAAGAAUAUUGUGAACGAGCUGACUGAGGGUGCUCCCUGGCACACCCUGGCCUGGACCGUUUGCAUCUAUGUGGGGCUGAAGCUCCUGCAGGGCGGAGGUGCUGGCUCCACGGGCUUCAUCAGCAACCUGCGCACCUUCCUGUGGGUGUGGGUGCAACAGUUCACCAACCGGCAGGUGCAGGUGCAGCUCUUUGCCCACCUGCACAGCCUGUCUCUGCGCUGGCACCUGGGCCGCCGCACCGGUGAGGUGCUGCGCAGCGUGGACCGGGGCACCAGCAGCAUCAACAGCCUGCUCAGUUACAUCGUCUUCAGCAUCUUCCCCACCAUCGCGGACAUCAUCAUCGGCAUCGUGUACUUCACCUCCGUGUUCAGCGCGUGGUUUGGACUCAUCAUCUUUGUGUGCAUGAGCCUCUACUUGACGCUCACCAUCUUCAUCACUGAGUGGAGGACCAAGUACCGGCGGGACAUGAACACGCGAGACAACGAGGCCAAGUCCCGUGCUGUGGAUUCGCUGCUCAACUUUGAGACAGUGAAGUACUACAAUGCAGAGAGCUACGAGGUGAACCGCUUCAACGAUGCCAUUGUCAAGUACCAGCUUUCCGAGUGGAAGGUCAGCGCCUCGCUGGGUCUUCUCAACCAGACCCAGAACCUGGUCAUCGGGCUGGGGCUUCUGGCGGGGUCUCUGCUCUGUGCCUUCUUUGUCACUGAGGGGAAGCUGCAGGUGGGGGAUUUUGUCCUUUUUGGCACCUACAUCAUCCAGCUCUACACACCGCUCAACUGGUUUGGCACCUACUACAGGAUGAUCCAGAACUCCUUUGUGGACAUGGAGAACAUGUUUGAGCUCUUCCAUGAGGAGCAAGAGGUGAAGGAUGCAGUGAAUGCCGGGGAGCUGCACUUGGAGGCUGGGCGCAUCGAGUUUGAGAAUGUGCACUUCAGUUAUAUUGAUGGGAAGGAAAUCCUGCAGGACAUCUCCUUCUCUGUGAUGCCUGGGCAGACCCUGGCCCUGGUUGGGCCUUCGGGCUCGGGUAAGAGCACCAUUAUCCGUCUGCUCUUCCGCUUCUACGACGUGCGGGGUGGCUGCAUCCGCAUCGACAGGCAGGACAUCUCCCAGGUGAAGCAGGCAUCAUUGCGUGCCCACAUCGGGGUGGUGCCCCAGGACACUGUGCUCUUCAAUGACACCAUCGCCAACAACAUCCGCUACGGGCGGGUGCAGGCCACUGACGAGGAGGUGCAGGAGGCGGCGCGGGCCGCCGACAUCCAUGACCGCAUCCUCUCCUUCCCUGAUGGGUACAGCACCCAGGUGGGGGAGCGGGGGCUGAAGCUGAGCGGGGGGGAGAAGCAGCGUGUGGCCAUUGCCCGCACCAUCCUGAAGGGCCCCCGCAUCAUUCUUCUGGACGAGGUAAUGGCACUAACCCCCCCUAGCAGCAUCCCCCUCCCACAUCUGCUCGCUGCCCAUGUCCUUCUCUCGCAGGCCACCUCUGCGCUGGACACGGAGACUGAGAGGAACAUCCAGGCCUCUUUGGCCAAGGUCUGCGCCCAGCGCACCAGCAUCGUUGUGGCACACAGACUCUCUACCAUUGUGGGUGCAGACCAGAUUCUGGUGCUCAAAGAUGGGCGCAUCGCUGAACGCGGGAGGCAUGAGGAGCUGCUGCAGAAGGGAGGUAUCUAUGCCAGCAUGUGGCUGCAGCAGCAAGUGGGGGAAGAGGGCGAGAGCAAGGAGCAGCACACUGAGAAGCCCCCCAGCAGCAAGAAGGAGCCAUGAGUGCAGCCGGGUGUGACCAAGGGAUGGGGCACCCAUGGUUGGUGCUGAGACCCCACUGCUGGCUGCGGCUACCUGUGUGUGUUGGGAGCUGCAGGGCCCAGCCUGGACACUCCGUUUGUACCUGUUUGUUCUGCUGUGGAAUAGCUUCUUAAACCAGGUCCUUCUCAGCUCUGUGCUGUGUGCUCUGGACAGGGGGUGCGCCUGUGGGAUGGCCCUGGGGAGGGAGCUGUGGGCCUCAGGGACCCCAGCAGAAGGGUACAGCUCCAAUACACCAUUCCUCAAAGCC